AUGCAGCACAAGCGAACCAAAAGGCGCAAGGAUGUCACUGCUGCUGUUGCUGCUGCUGCUGCUGCUGCUGCUCCUUCUGCAAAGUCUCAAGCGCAGCAAGCUGCAACCGCUCCUCCCGCUGCUCGCCCCCGCCCCCGCCCUCGUGCUACCAAACGCACACCGCUGUUCACACCAUUUCGAGCAUUGGGCUACGUCACGAACCACGUCCCAUCGCACCUGCAAGUGCGCGUAGGUGGCAAAGAUGCUGCAUCCGCAGAUGUCAACAUACUCACCUGUCUAGGAGACACGUGGGCGCUGUGGGAUCUCAAGCAGACCACCCUGCUCUUUGUCGCAUCACCGCCCUUGCCCGUGCACAUCGCCGACUUGGCCAUUGCGGAGAAUAACAAGCAGUUUGGAGUGUUGGCAGUCGCUGGCAACGAGAUCAUCGCCUACCAUCGGAGCAAAGCCGUCAAAUCUUUUGUGGCGCUGGACGAGACCUCUUGCGCACACACACUCCGCAGCUGCAUCGUCUACGGCGACACCCUCCUCGCCCUCUCCUCCGAUGGCUCGCGAGUCUUUGGCUGGAACCUGCUCCAACACCAACGCAUCUCUGCCGCUGCCCUCGAACAUCUGCCAUCCGACUUUGCUGCCAGCGUCAUCCUUCACCCUGCCACCUACGUCGACAAAAUCCUGCUCGGAAGCGCUUCUGGCGACGUGGCCCUCUACAAUGUCCGCACAGGCACCCUGCUCCACAUCUUUCCCAGCACGGCGCUACUACACGCAGUGGGUGGUCUGGGCGCACAAGAUGCAAUGCCAUCCGCUCCUGCCGUCGUCGAUCUGGCUCAGUCACCAGCAUUGGAUGUGGUCGCCGUUGCAUGGUCCAAUGGCCUGGUGUUGAUUCACGACAUCAAACACGACGAGUCCUUGAUGCGCUUGUCUGUCGAGUCGACGCUGUCUCGAGGCUGCCUUGCUUUCAGGUCAGAUGGCUCGCAAGGUGGGAACACGCUUGCGGUCGGAAGCGCAGCGGGUGAUGUGCACCUCUUCGACUUGGCUGCAGCUCCGUCCGUCAACAUCGAGCCUCUCAGCAACGGUGAUGGCGAAGCUGCAAAUGGUCAACCCACAGCACGGCCAGUGCCCUUGAUUCACACGCUCAGGGGAGCGCAUGCAAGCGCCAUCUCAAGCAUCCGUUUUUUGCCCGGCAACCCUUUGCUCAUUACGACUGGAUCUGACAAUGCCAUUCGUCAGUGGUUCUUUGAGCCCUUGACUGGCCCCGGCGUCGUCAAGAUUCCGGGCCAAGCUGUGCCCACUUCUCCCAUCCCCAGGUUGCUGAAAUCCAGAGAGGGCCAUUUCAAACCUCCCCACCUGAUCAAAUUUUACGGGGAGGAAGGCAGGGACAUAUUGAGCGCUGCAGAGGACAGAAGUCUUAGGCUCGUCAGCGUGGUCAGAGACUCGAGGAGUGCCGAGCUCAGUCAAGGUCCGCUGCUUUCGCGUGCUGCCCAGCUGUCUGUCGCGCCACAUACUCUGAAGCUGUCCCGCACAUCGUCGCUCGCCUUUAGCACCACGAGGGCUCGGGAUUGGGACAAUGUCCUCUCGGUUCACGCCGGCAGUAAAACUGCGCACCGAUGGUCGACGCUGAACAGGCGCCUGAAUAACCGCGCUUUCUCUUCCCAGUCGACUACAGACACGACCUGCUGUGCGGUGUCCGUGUGCGGCAACUUUGGAUUCGUCGGCGAUUCGAACGGCUUCGUGAGGGCAUUCAACAUGCAGAGCGGGGUGCUCAGGAGAAGCUACGAGGACGCUUCUCGUGCUCGCAAUCACACUCGUGUCCGGCCAACGUCAAAUGCGACAGAACGAUCGCCGGUCACAGGCAUCAUCAGCGAUGCGGUGAAUAGCAUCGUGGCAGUUGCCAAGCUGAACGGCACGCUCUCGAUCUACGACUUUCACACCACCGAAAGACUGAGCCACCUGAACCUGGGCAGUGCCAUCGCUUCGAUGAAGAUGGAUCGUACCACGGGCCUCGUAGCCACCUCGCACGACGACUUGUCCAUCAGAUUGCUCGAUCUUUCGACUCGCAAAGUGGUCAGACAUUUUACGUCAUUCAAGGGCCGCAUCUUGGACAUGGACAUUUCCACGGACGGGAGAUGGCUGAUAGUCUCUAGCCUGGACGGACUGGUGCGCACUUUUGACAUUCCUUCUGCUCGCUUGAUAGACGCUUUCAGACCCGAAAAGGUCGUGACCAGCUUGAGUUUCAGUCCUACUGGAGAGUUCCUUGCAACUUCUCACGUCGCUCAGCUGGGCAUCUAUCUCUGGAGCAACAGGACUCUGUUCAGCAAUGUGCCUGUAAGGGCGCUUGACGAGGAAGACGUCUGGAAGGACUUCGAAGACGACGCUGGACAAGUCGACAGUGUUGCUUUGCCGGGCAUGGUUGGAGAGGAGGACACCGAUGCGGCGCACGACUCGGCUCUCGACAGCUCGGAAGACGAAGACGAGGUUCGUCGCGUGUACACCAGUCCAGCCCAGAUUUUUGGGGCGAAUGAGGACAAGGACAUGCCACUGGUCACACUCACCACCAUGCCUCGCAGCAGAUGGAUGACGCUGCUGAAUCUCGACAUGAUCAAAGCGCGCAAUAAACCCAUAGAACCACCCAAGAAGCCAGAGAAAGUUCCAUUCUUCCUUCCGCAGGUGGCCGGCACAGAGAUUGCCUUUGAUGCAAGUGCAACACCGAGCGAAGCGAGAGAGGUGCAGAGCGCUAGAAGGCUGCCAUUUGCCGACGAGCUGGCUUCCGUUGGCAUCGACAACGAUUUCGUGCGGCGCCUGAAGAGAGCGCGAGAAACGUCGGACUUCAAUGCUCUGUUCUUGUACCUGCACACCCUUUCAGCUCCGGCUUUGGAUUUGGAGCUGCGAUCUUUAGGUGGCCCAGCCCAGCUCACGCUUUUCAUCGAAGCGCUUACGGCCAGGUUGGAACAGCAUCUCGACUACGAAGCUGUUCAAGCUAUGCUAGCCGUGUUCUGUCGCGUGCACACGGAAGAACUCAUGCAGCAUGGCGUCAUUGUAGACGAGAAGCUUGCAGAGCGUCGACCUCCGUCCCACUCGUCUGAUAGAAGAGCAGCACAGGCGACCGAAUACCUUUCACUCGACGAUUCUGCCGAGGCUGCGCUGGACGAACCUGCGACGAAUGUCGAACAAGGGAAAGCGCUGACUGAGGCGGUCAGGAGAUUGCUGGCGACACAGCAUGCUGCCAAUCAGCGGGUGGUGCAAUUGUUGGAUUACUGCUUAGGCAGCUUGUCGUUCGUUAGAGAUGUACCCCUCGUGUAGGGCCGGUCUGCAAGUCGUUUCAUCCAGCCACACCCCUCAUCCCCUGGUCACAUUUGUAUUUCCUGCUUUCGCCUUCACGACGGACAACCACAUGCUAAGACAGAGC